AUGUGCCUGGGCUUUCAGCGCAGCUCUCCAUUCUCUCUCUUCAACUUACCAGUCAUGAGGCUCUAUUUCAUGACCAUUGCUGCUCUUCUAAUCCUGGUUGAAAAGACUCCAGGCGGCCUGUUGAGAUUCUAUGAUAACACAAACAAAGUGCCUUGGAAACCAUGUGAGAUUUACCAAGGCACGUGCAGAACCAGCUGCGGAAAGGCUGAAGUGCAAUACUUGACCUGUCCGCAGGACCAGAAGUGCUGCCUGAGACUCCCCACAAAAAGGACUUACUCUAAGUCCAGGAAGAAGGAAAACAAGCCCAGCUCCAGCUUGCCCCUCACAAACACUUCCAGUCACUCUCGGGUUUGA